CAAGGGCCCCAACCGAUCAUGGGAACCGGCUUAAAUGUGGCUUUCCAAAGACGUCGUCAGACGACCGGCCACUCGGACUCUGCGACUUCGUCGGAAACAAACAUUCCUAAGCACCACCGGGCCCCGGUGCCCAAGAAAGCGACAGCUCGACCGUCAAUCCAUCCACCGACCUCUCUCAGUAGCCAGAGUUCCAGCAAUUUGACUGAAUCUGCCAUACGCGACGAAAAGGAUCCCAGUAUGAAGUACAGCGAAGAAGAUUCGCAGAAUAGUCUUUACAGCCAGGUGUAUGAAUGGCUUCAACAUGAGAGAUCUAAGCGCGGUUCUCAUCGCUCACUAGGUUCUGGUGUUCCGGAUGACGCAGCAAGUGCUGGCCAAGUUGCAGGCAGCAAUAGCACCGGCAUGUCAGUAGAGGAGAGGUCGUCUUCCAGCACACAGAUUCCUAUGGCUCUCGACAAGCUCGAGAAAAUCUUGCUACAGUACGCUGCUUCGCGACAGGACUACGGUGCUGUGCGGCGACUUCGACGCCAUCGAUCUAGAGGACUACGAAGAGGUUCGGCUUCCGAGUCGGACUUUUCGGAUCUCGACGUUGCUGCUCCUAGUGUGGAUGCGGUGCUGGACAACUCUAAGACCCUAGCCUACAGCGGAGGCGGCGCAGACGAUGAUGACAGCGAACAAGGUGCCAGUGUCCGUUGCGCCAAAGACAGAGAAGCCUGGAUGGCUUUCAAGACUGAGAUACUCCGCAUCGCGCACACCUUGCAGUUCAAGGGAUGGCGAAAGCUACCCAUGGAUCUCGCCGCCGACAUCGAGGUCAUUCGACUCAGCGGUGCUCUGACAAAUGCGGUGUAUGUGGUGAAUCCGCCACAUCACAUUCCGGUCCCGAAGGCCGAGGAUGGUUCUUAUUCUUUGGUUGCGAGAAAGCCUCCUCCGAAGCUUCUGUUGCGCAUCUAUGGCCCGCAGGUGGAUCACUUGAUUGAUCGAGAAAACGAGUUACAGAUACUUCGGCGCCUAGGCCGUAAGAACAUCGGUCCCAAAGUGCUAGGUACCUUUCAGAACGGACGUUUUGAGGAGUAUUUCGAAGCCCGUCCUUUGACACCCCGCGAGCUUCGGGAUCCUCUCACUAUGAAGCAGAUUGCCAAACGGAUGAGAGAACUUCAUGACGGGGUUGAAUUGCUCCCAGAAGAGAGGGAAGGAGGGCCGAUGGUCUUCAAGAACUGGGACAAAUGGGUCGACCGUUGCGAGCAGGUCAUCAACUGGCUGGACAAGGAGAUUCAAUCUGAGCACAGCGCAAGCAAGUCAAUCUCAGAGCCAUGGCGUCGGCGAGGCUUUGUUUGCGGUGUUCCCUGGCCGGUAUUCAGAAGGGCAGUCGACAAUUAUCGCAAGUGGCUCAUCUCCAGUUGCGGCGGAAGUAAUGCCCUGAAACAGCAACUUGUCUUUGCGCACAACGAUACACAAUAUGGCAAUCUCCUGAGAAUGGAGCCAAGUCAAGAGUCGCCCCUGCUUCGUCCUGAGAACAAGCAUAAGCAGCUCGUGGUGAUUGAUUUCGAAUAUGCUUCGGCGAACACGCCCGGUUUUGAAUUCGCGAACCACUUCUCUGAAUGGUGCUACAACUAUCACGACGCGGAAAGACCUUGGGCGUGCAACAAUACGGAAUACCCAACUCCGGCACAGCAACGUCAGUUCAUCAGUGCUUACCUCAGCCAUCGGCCGGGAUUGCGCGAGCAGGCCUCGCCGUCCAUCACGCCACUGAUGCGGGCAGGUACUUCCAAUUCGACUUCUCUUGCGCCGCUGAGUCUCGAUGCCGGUCCAGAUUUGGAUGUGAUGGCUAGUGUGGAUAUCGAGAGAUCUCAUGCGGACGGUAUAGAAGCCAAGAUUCAGGCCCUAAUGACGCAGACAAAGCUCUGGCGCGUGAUCACGUCCGCUCAGUGGGUGGCUUGGGGAAUUGUCCAAGCGAAGGUUCCAGGCAUGGAAGAAGGUAUCAAUGCGGACGCCAUAGCAUCCAAUGGUCAAGGUGAUACCGCGAAUGGUAACCGCGCGCACGUAGAGACGACUACUAAUGUGCCUACCUCGACUUCCCCGGUGGACGCGGAUGUCGAUGAGUCUGACGAAUUCGACUACCUCGCAUAUGCGCAAGACCGCGCCAUGUUCUUCUGGUCUGACCUCUUGUCGAUGGGAUUUGUACAAGAGGAUGAAUUGCCGGCGCCAAUGGUCGAACAAAUCAAGUCACGGAUCACCAAGUACUAGGUGGCCUCUGAUGAUCACACACGAUAAGGACGGAAACUGGUCGGACAUGAAUGACGAAGCGAUCUUUUCUUCUGCCAUAUGUUUGUCUUUGUACUGUACAUACAUACAUCAUACCUACAUAGCCAGGAGUAUCAUCACAUCACUGAUUCUA